GGUGCUUAGACAAGGGACUUUCUAAAGCAGGGCCCCUGGGAGAAGAAAUGGAUCUCCAGUAUUUGAGGGAAGAGGCAGAAGCCUGGCUGGAAUACUACAUCCAGAAGCCCUGGACCAGAAACCCGAUGGAGCAGUUGUAUCGUGACUAUUUCUACUUCCACUUUUACAACCUGCCCAAUCCCAGAUGUCGGUUAGGCUGCUACAUCUGCUACCAAGUGGAAGGAACACAGACUCACUUACCUAUGCCCUUGAAAAAAGGGGUCUUUGAAAACCAGUUUUAUCCCAAGAAGAGACGCCAUACAGAACUCUGCUUCAUCUCUUGGUUCCGCAACCAGAAGUUCUUGGACAAGAAGCUGUCCCCUGGUGAGAAAUACCGUGUCACCUGGUACAUGUCCUGGAGCCCCUGUAGUAACUGUGUGAAUGCUGUGAUCAGGUUCCUGGAGGAGAACGAGAACGUGGACUUGAGGAUCUUCGUAGCUCGCCUCUAUUACUCCGAUUCUCCAGAACACCAGCGGGGGCUUUGCAGGCUGCAUCAAGCAGGGGCCCAGAUGAAUAUCAUGUCACCAGAGGAUUUUGAGUACUGCUGGGAAACCUUCGUGGACCACCAGGGAACACCCUUCUUCCCCUGGGAUGACAUGGAUGUAAAUUAUCAGAGUCUCUCUAUGACUUUAGAGACCAUUCUCCAGGUGUGCCAGGGAGACUGCGAGUCCCAUAGAAACCCAAUGAAGCGGAUAUAUCCUGGGACCUUCUCCUUCCACUUCCGCAACCUGAUCUACGCCAACGGGCGAAAUCGCUCCUACCUCUGCUUCGAAGUGGAAGGAGUGCCGUACCACUCAUCUUUUACCGUAUCUUUUCACCGUGGGGUCUUUGAAAACCAGGUCUAUGAGAAUAAAUCCUACCAUGCAGAACACUGCUUCCUGUCUUGGUUCAAAGCUAACAAGCUGUCUCCUGCUGAACAUUACCAUGUCACCUGGUUCCUGUCCUGGAGCCCCUGUGCCAGCUGUGCAGAGGAGACGGCCAACUUCCUGAAGCAGCACAGGAACGUGACGCUGAGUGUCUUCAGUGCCCGCCUCUACUACUUCUGGAUACCAGCAUUCCAGCAGGGGCUUCGGAAGCUGCACUGCUUAGGGGCCCAGGUGGAGGUCAUGUCCUUCCACGAUUUUAACUACUGUUGGAAAAACUUUGUGUACAACCGGUACAUGCGUUUCAGGUGUUGGAAGAUGCAUAAAAAUUAUAAAUUUGUCCGACGGCUUAGUAAGGAAAUCCUCAGGUGCGCCUGUGUCUCCCAGGUGCGCCUGCGUCUCCCAGGUGUGCCUGUGUCUCCCAGAAACAUGAGUCUGCUGCCAGAGGAAAUAUUCUACUACCAGUUUGGCAACCAGCCACAGGUCAGAGAGCCCAAGGGACGGAGGAAGACCUACUUGUGCUACAAGCUGAAGCUGCUUGAUGAGACACUUGACCAAGGCUACUUUAAGAACAAGAAAAAGAGCCAUGCAGAAAUUUGCUUUAUUGACAAGAUCUGCUCACUGGACCUGGACCAAACCCAGAGGUACAAAAUCAUCUGCUAUGUCACAUGGAGCCCCUGUGCCCACUGUGCUGAGAAACUGGUGGCUUUCAUUGAUGAUCACCCCUACCUGAGCCUGCAAGUCUUCACCUCCCGCCUGUAUGUCCACUGGCUCUGGGUAAAUCAGCGUGGGCUGCGACGUCUUUGGAAAUCCAACAUCCCAGUGUUGGCCAUGACAGAACCAGAGUUUACUGACUGCUGGAAAAACUUUGUGGACAACCAGGAAAGGCCUUUCCAGCCCUGGGAGAAGCUGAAGCAAUAUAGUGACAAAGUAAAACGAAGGCUCCAGAAGAUUCUGAAGAUCAACACAAUAGAUCUGUUCUCAGAACAGAGCUCAGAAGAGAUUCGAGAUCUGAAUAAUUUAGUGGAUGCUGUCAGAAAUUUGAACUUGGAUGCCCAUCUCCCUCAUUACUAAGAAGUAACUCAAGAUGACUGUUCCU